AUGCGGGGAGAGGAGUCGUCGGAUUCGGACAGUGGGAGGAUGGAGGAGAGCUCGGCCCGGCGCAGUCUGGAAGCGCUCUGUCAGGAGCUCAAUCUGGACGAACACACGGCGACAGAGGCCAUGGAGAACUUCACCGCCAUCUGCAACACCUACACGCUGGAGGGGGAGGUGGUGCACUGGCUGGCCUGUGCGCUGUACGCUGCGUGUCGGAAAGGCUCUGUUCCCACUGUGGGCAAAGGCCUGAUGGAGGGAAACUGUGUGUCUCUGACCCGGAUCCUGCGCACCUCUAAGCUCAGCCUGAUCCAAUUCUUCUCAAAGAUGAAGAAGUGGUCGGACAUGUCAAACCUGUUGCAGGACUUCAGGUUGAGGAUGGACCGUCUGGAGAGGAACUUUGAGGUUUCCACUGUGAUUUUCCGGAAGUUUGAGCCUAUUUUCAGGGAUAUGUUCCAGAACCCACUGGGAGGCGAGCCUCCGCGGCAACCACGCAGCCGCAAACACAGGAGGAUCCCCUGUCACAUCAGUGAUGUGUUCAAGUUCUGCUGGACAUUGUUUGUAUACACCAAAGGUAACUUCAGUAUGAUCGGCGAUGACCUGGUGAACUCCUAUCAUUUGCUUCUCUGCUGUUUGGACUUGGUGUUUGGCAACGCUCUGCUUUGUUCAAACAGGAAAGAUCUCAUCAACCUGACAUUCAAGGGUCUCCCGGCUCAGUACAGACUGGACGGGCCUCUGGUAGACGAGCCGCCGCCCUGCGUCCUGGACAGACUCUGUGAGCUCCAUGACGGAAUUGUGGUGGAGGCCAAAGGCAUCAAACAACACUACUUCAAACCCUACAUCGAGAAGCUCUUUGAUCGACGGAUCCUCAGAGGAAAUGAGGACUAUCUGACUGACAUGUUGGACCCUCACAACUUCAUUGAUAACAAUAAAGCCAUAAAUCGAGAGUAUGAAGAGUACGUGUUGACGGUGGGAGAUUUUGAUGAGCGCGUGUUUCUCGGAGCUGACGCCGAUGAGGAAAUCGGGACGCCCAGAAAAGCAGUUCUCGAACCCAUUCAGCUUCAACAACGUGUGGAGAAGUCCGGCUCACUGGCUCCCUCCACGCCUCUGACGGGCCGAGUUUACCUGAAGGAGAAGGACUUGCUGGUCACCCCGGUCUCAUCUGCCACUCAGAGCGUCACCCGUCUGCAGAGUAUGGUGGCCCGUUUGAGGACAGCCCCCAGCGAAACCCUCACACAGAUGUUCAAGUCCUGUACCAGAGAUCCCACUGAGUCCAUUUUCGCUCGCGUCAAAAGUUUGGGACAGACUUUCAAAGAGCAUUACACCAACGACUCUGAGGACUCCGCUGGCUCGCACAUAGACUUUGCUGAAAAUCGACUGAAGCUGGCCGAAAUCCUCUACUACAAGAUUCUGGAAAAUGUGAUAGUUCAGGAGUCCAAACGCCUGCAGGGAAAAGAUAUGAGCGUCUUGCUGGAGCAGGACAUGUUCCACUGCUCUCUGAUGGCCUGCUGCCUGGAGGUGGUGCUCUUCGCCUACAGCUCGCAGAGGACCUUCCCCUGGAUUAUCAACAUCUUCAAACUCCCGUCCUUCUACUUCUUCAAGGUGAUUGAGGUGUUUAUCCGGGCGGAGGAGGGUCUGUCUCGGGACAUGGUGAAGCACCUGAACUCCAUUGAGGAACAGGUCCUGGAAAGUCGAGCCUGGUCGUCUGGCUCUGCGCUGUGGACCGCUCUACAGGCUGCGGGCAACAAGGUGCCCACCGUGGAGGAGGUGAACUUCUCCUCCAGCCUCGACAGCGGCUCCAGCUCAGGGACCAGCGGCUCAAACCCCACUCAGCCACAGCCGCACCUGCCCAUGGUCGCUCUGUCCCCCAUCAUCCACCCCCGCAUCAGGGAGUUCAGGACCACAAUCGGCAGCACUGUCAAAACUAUCCCCGCCUCUCCUCUGACGGUCCAUGACAGAUACAGCUCUCCUGCAGCAGGAAGUGCAAAGCGGCGGCUCUUUGGUGAUGACCCUCUAUCGUCGGGGACAGCAGCCAAUGGGAGUGUGAUGCCGUCCCCCGCAAAGAGAUUGACAUUUGGAUCGACCAGCACGCUCAAGAUCGCUCCUCAGCCCGCACCAGGGACGAUGGUACUGCAAGGUGUGAACAGUGACCGGACCAUCACCCUGAUCCCAGUGCAACAAGUGAACUCAAACACAGUCACCGCCCACUUCCUGCUCACCACAUCCCCCAGUCGAGUUAACAUGGCCCCUGUCACCACGGACCCUCAGGCAGGUCGGCCGCGGCGCACAGGGUCCCUGGCACUGUUCUUUAGGAAGGUGUACCACUUGGCCAGCGUGCGUCUGCGUGACCUGUGUCUGAAGAUGGACGUGGACUCAGAGCUGAGGGGGAAAGUGUGGACAUGUUUUGAACACGCUGUUGUUCACUGCACAGAACUCAUGAAGGACCGACACCUCGACCAGAUCCUCCUCUGCAGCAUCUACAUCAUCUCCAAAGUGACCAAAGAAGCAAACACCUUCCAGGACAUUAUGAAGUGUUACCGAAGCCAGCCACAGGCCAACAGCCAUGUGUACAGGAGUGUGCUGAUUCGUCGAACUCCCAGAGAGCAGGUGCCAGAUGAGAACAUGGAGGUGGACCCGGCGUCUGGAGGAGAAUCUGGAGAGAAGAGCAGUCAGGGCUCAGAGGCCGACCAAUCAGGAGAGGAGGAGCGUGGGGACCUCAUCCAGUUCUACAACUCUGUGUUUGUGCUGAAGAUGAAGAGCUUUGCCCUGAGAUACGCCAGUCACGACAGCAAGGCAGAUGCUCCUCCGCAGUCCCCGUUCCCCUCAGUGCGCGCUCAGCCUCUGUCUCCCCGGAGGAUUUCUCAAAGACAUUCUCUGUAUGUCUCUCCACAUAAGAACUCUCCCAGCUGUCUGUCUCCCAACUCCUACACCUACCGCAUCAACAGCAGCCCCUCCAAGGAGCUGUCCGAUAUAAACCGAAUGAUCCGACAGGGCUGCGUGAGCCGGAAGAGGGCGUUCAACAUCGACGGCGACGUCACAAUGUCAUCGACGUGCAACUCUCCGAGUAAGAGGGCGUGUCCCGAGAACGGCAGCAGCCCAGACGUCCUGCUAAAGCGGCUGCAGGACGUGGUGUCAGAGCGCCAGAGCCACUGA